AUGGAGCGGCAGGUGCUGCUGAGCGAGCCGGCCGAGGCGGCGGCGCUGUACCGCGCGCUGAGCCGCCAGCCCGCGCUGAGCGCCGCCGGCCUGGGCCCCGAGGUCACCACGCAGUACGGGGGCCGCUACCGGACCGUGCACACCGAGUGGACGCAGCGGGACCUGGAGCGCAUGGAGAACAUCCGCUUCUGCCGCCAGUACCUGGUGUUCCACGACGGCGACUCGGUGGUGUUCGCAGGGCCCGCGGGCAGCAGCGUGGAGACCCGCGGGGAGCUGCUGAGCAGGGAGUCCCCCUCGGGCGCCAUGAAGGCCGUGCUGCGCAAGGCGGGGAGCGCGGGCGCCGGCGAGGAGAAGCAGUUCCUGGAGAUCUGGGAGAAGAACCGGAAGCUCAAGAGCUUCAACCUGUCGGCGCUGGAGAAACACGGGCCGGUGUACGAGGACGACUGCUUCGGCUGCCUGUCCUGGUCACACUCGGAGACCCACCUGGUGUACGUGGCGGAGAAGAAGCGCCCCAAGACCGAGUCCUUCUUCCAGACCAAAGCCCUGGAUGUCAGCGAGGACGAGGGGGCCGGGCCCCUGAAGCCGGACCAGGCCGUCAAGGGGGACCAGUUUGUGUUCUACGAGGACUGGGGGGAGAGCAUGGCCUCCAAAAGCACCCCGGUGCUCUGCGUGCUGGACGUGGAGAGCGGCCACAUUUCUGUGCUGGAGGGCGUCCCGGAGGGCGUGUCCCCCGGCCAGGCCUUCUGGGCGCCCGGAGACACGGGCCUGGUGUUCGUGGGCUGGCAGCACGAGCCCUUCCGGCUGGGCGUCCGCUUCUGCACCAACCGCAGGUCGGCCCUGUACUACGUGGAUCUCACCGGGGGCAAGUGCGAGCUCCUGUCGGACGACUCCCUGGCUGUCUCCUCGCCCCGGCUGAGCCCGGACCAGUGCCGCAUCCUGUACCUGCAGUACCCGUCUCUGGUCCCCCAUCACCAGUGCAGCCGACUGUGCCUGUAUGACUGGUACACCAAGGUCACCUCGGUGGUGGUGGACGUGGUGCCUCGGCAGCUGGGAGAGAGCUUCUCUGGCAUCUACUGCAGCCACCUGCCGCCGGGCUGCUGGUCCGCGGACAGCCGGCGCGUGGUCUUCGACUCCGCUCAGCGCAGCCAGCAGGACCUGUUUGCUGUGGACACCCAGGUGGGCACUGUGACCUCCCUGACGGCUGGGGGGCUGGGAGGGAGCUGGAAGCUGCUCACGAUGGACCGGGACCUCAUGGUGGCGCAGUUCUCCACGCCCAGCCUGCCCCCGAGCCUGAAAGUGGGGUUCCUGCCUCCCCCGGGGAAGGAGCGGUCAGUGGUGUGGGUGUCCCUGGAGGAGGCCGAGCCCAUUCCCGACAUCUCCUGGGGCGUCCGGGUGCUGCAGCCGCCCCCGGAGCAGGAGAACGCACAGUACGCCGGCCUGGACUUUGAGGCAAUCCUUCUGCAGCCCAGCAACCCUCCCGACAAGACCCAAGUGCCCAUGGUGGUCAUGCCUCACGGGGGCCCCCACUCCUCCUUCGUCACGGCCUGGAUGCUGUUCCCAGCCAUGCUCUGCCAGAUGGGCUUUGCGGUGCUGCUGGUGAACUACCGUGGCUCCACGGGCUUCGGCCAGGACAGCAUCCUCUCCCUCCCGGGCAACGUGGGCCGCCAGGACGUGGAGGACGUCCAGUUUGCCGUGGAGCAGGUGCUCCGGGAGGAGCGCUUUGACAGAGACCGAGUGGCCCUGGUGGGCGGGUCCCACGGCGGCUUCCUCUCCUGCCACCUGAUUGGCCAGUACCCCGAGACCUACAGCGCCUGCGUGGCCCGGAACCCCGUGAUCAACAUCGCCUCCAUGCUGGGCUCCACGGACAUCCCCGACUGGUGCCUGGUGGAGGCCGGCUUCUCCUACAGCAGCGACCGCCUGCCAGACCUCGGCAUGUGGGCGGAGAUGCUAGACAGGUCGCCCCUCAAGUACUCCCCUCAGGUGAAGACGCCGCUGCUGCUGAUGCUGGGCCAGAAGGACAGGCGGGUGCCCUUCAAGCAGGGCAUCGAGUACUACCGCGCCCUCAAGGCCCGCAGCGUGCCCGUGCGGCUGCUGCUGUACCCGCAGAGCACCCACGCCCUGUCGGAGGUGGAGGUGGAGGCCGACAGCCUCAUGAACGCCGUGCUCUGGCUGCGCAUGCACUUGGGCAGCUGA